GCGCAGGUUCAAAAGUAAUGUCAGAUGUUGCUUCAGGUUCAUCUCUUAAAGACUCGGCAAGAUCGCGAUUUCGCGAAACAUCAAAACAAAUAAAAGACGACAUUAUUCAUAAAAUUCAGAGCGGUUCGGGUAUAAAAAGAAAGAAAUUCCAGAAGAAAAAUCAUUCGCAACGUGUCAAGCGGAGCCGAAAGAAAUUAAAGAAAGCAGACAUAUUUUCAUAAUGGAUUCCCGAGCGUGUGCUUGCUUGCAGAGUGAAUUAGACCUUUUUAACGUGAAUCCUGUACAAUUAUCAACAGAAGACAGCUCAUUCACUGAGAUUUUUCCUGUUGCAUCUCUGAAUGAAAAGACGCCAAUUGAAUUUUACGUAAGCGGAAGUGGUGAACAUUAUCUGGACUUAUCCCAUACACUUUUGCAUCUACAAGUGAAAAUUAAAAAGAGAAAUGGAGCAGUAAUUGGAACGCCUGAUCAAGUGGCUCCUAUCAAUUAUCUCCUUAAUACGAUAUUUUCUGAAUGUUCAGUUACAUUAAAUGACAAGCAGGUUUCUUCGCAAGCUAACUACGCAUAUAGAUGUAUUUUCGAUGCUUUGCUUUCACCUCGAGCUGUUCAAGAAUCAAUGCUAACAUCGGGUCUUUUCUACAAAGACGCUGCUUCUAAGCAUGAAUCAGUAGAACUAGCUAAUGUUGGUGAUAAUGCAAAUUCCGGUUACCAAACUAGAUAUAACAUCUGCAAAGAUAGUAAACUUAUAGAUAUGAUAGGUCCAUUACAUUUCGAUCUAGGCAAUCAGAGCAAAUGUCUUAUAAAUUCGGUGAAUCUUCGGAUCAAAUUAGAAAGAAAUAAGGAUUCUUUUGCUCUGAUGUCAGCCACGCAAGAUUUUAAAGUAGUUAUAUAUCAUGCAUCAUUAUUUGUUAGGAAAAUUAAAGUCGCUCCCUCAGUCGUGAUUGCCCAUGAAUUAGCUUUAAGCAAGGGAGUUAUAAAAAUGCCUAUUCGCAGAACAGAAGUGAAAUCAUUCGCACUUUCUUCAGGAAUGCAAUCAAUAACUAUCCCUAAUGCGUUCAUUGGACAAUUACCGACACGACUUAUAAUGGGUAUGGUAUCUAAUGCUGCAUUUAAUGGGGAUUUUUCAAAAAAUCCAUUCAAUUUCAAGCAUUAUGAUUUAUCAUAUCUUUGUAUAUUAGAUGGCAAUCGUAUGAUUCCGUCAAAGCCCUUUCAACCAAAAUUUGAUAAUUCUAACAGUUACAGCAGAUGUUAUAUGAGUCUAUUUACUGAUUUGGGUAGAUAUCAUAAAGAUCAAGACAUUAAUAUAAGUUACACUGAAUAUAAAGAUGGGUAUACGCUGUUCGCUGUAGAUUUGACGCCCGAUCUCAACGCGGACGGAAUGCAUGAAAGUAUUUCACGCAAUGGUAAUUUAACUAUUGAUAUAAAAUUCAGCAAAGCAUUAUCUGAAACUGUAAAUUUAAUAGUUUUUUCAGAGUAUCGAAAUACUAUAGAAAUCGACAAAAGUCGCAGUAUUUUUUCAGAUUUUUGAAAAUGGAUAGCACAACUUUGUGCAGACUUGCAUGCAGCGACUUCCGUCUACGUUCUAAAUUUGGAGGUGUAUACGCUUCAGAUGAAUUGCCUAAGACAAUAGAUAGUUAUUCAUGUUUUAUUGUAAAUUUAGAUCCUAAAACAAAACCGGGAAGUCAUUGGGUUGCAAUAGCAUUUCGGAAUAAUAAAUGUUACUAUUUUUGUAGUUACGCUUCUGUGCCGAAUAACAAAUAUAUUUUAAAGUUCAUAGAAAAUAACGCUGCAAAUUUUGCUUGGAACAAAUGUAGAUAUCAAAGCUUAGUGUCGUAUACUUGUGGUCAUUUUUGCCUUCAUUUCUUGUACAAUUUUGUGAGAAAGCAAACUUUGUCACCUCUAGAUUCUAAUAAAAUUGAAAAUAACGAGAAGUUUAUUAAAAAAUUUGUAGCUAGCAAAUUUCGUUUACAAAAUUGCUGCUUUUCUCCAUAUUCAAAUCAAAUUUGUGAAGCUCGUGAUUUCAGAAAUAGAUGUCUUUAGACAUGUUUCAACAGAAUAUAAUUAUAUAUGCUCUCUCUAUAAGCUCUCUAUAUAAAUUUAACAUAUUUUUUUGGAGGUCACUUUUCAUACAGAGCAUAUAAAAGAGAUACACUAACUGGGGAAUUCUCAUUGUGCUUCAACUGAUUCAGCAGAAACGAUGACUUCCGAACUGAGAUAUGGCUUUAUGUACUUGAAGCGUACUGGAUCAGCUUAUAUGAUUCAUUGCUUCACCGAUUCCCUUUACGAAAAUAUGAUAUCCUGUGUUCAAGCUGCGAACUCCUAUCAAAUGGAUACAGUUGAUUCAGACUGCAGAUUGAAGAUUGCCUAUUUCAAGGUUCUCAACAAUAAUGAUAUUGUCAGAGAACUCCAUAACGGUUCUGCUAUGAAUUAUCGACAGACAUUUGAUUGUAAAACGUAAUACAAAGCGAACUUCGGCGAAUCAAUUACUCAUGAUUCAAAGAUCUGCAAUGGAAUUGUGGACAACUUCAAAGAAAAUAAAUGUAAAUACUAAACUAUACAGCUAAGAUACUGAGAAUAGCUCAGCAUUGUAAACUCUAUAUAAAAUUGUAAUACUAAGCAGCACUAACUGUCAUUUAAUGUAACAUCAUCAAUGAAUCGAUGUUCUACAUGCAUAAGCAACACGAAGAAACUGAUUGUACCACUCGAUGUAAUAUUUUAACAAUCCCUGAAUAAAAAUAUAAUUUAACUGUAUAAUUGCGUCUGUCUUAUUUUGCUUCGCUACAUCAAUAUGUUUUUUGUAAUAUCCUAUAUCACCGUAAAAUUACGUUGUUUUAUUCUCAAGGUGGUGAAAGUGGGUUAAGGUAGGAAAAUGCACAUAAAGUUAUUUUAAAAUUACUUUAAGGUCACCAGUUCAGGGAGAACAAGGCGUUCCUGGGAAAUUCUACAGAUAAUAAACAAUUAUUCCAUUGCCACUUACAUAAACAGGGGUAUAAAUAUAAGCUACAUCAGCCUUUGUACAUAUACUACCGAUCUUGUUGAAGACUUCAUCUUCAUCUCUGUCUCCGUCUUCCUCAGAGUGCGUGUAUCUAAGUACUACUCAGCUAUCAUGGACAGUCACAAAGCGAGCGUCAGUAAGUGAUUGCAUUUUCAUAUUCUUUUUAGAUUGCUAAGCAUGUGUAACAUAAUUUUUUAAAAAUAAAGUUAAGUUUUCACACUUCCUAAUAGGCUUAACUGAUAGCGAUUCAGACGGCGAGCAGUUAUUUCCCCUUCCUUCCAAGGAAAAGCAUACAAGCGCUAAAAGAAAAUCAAACGAUGAGAAAAAAGAGGAGUCCACCAAAAGAGCAAAGAAUUUCGAGUAUAAUUUUUCUGAUCCGACAGAAGAGAAAAAGCUCAUACCCCCAAUAAGCGCUUACCUAGGAAAAGGGAUUAACAUCAGCAUCAAGGAAUACAGAAAGUCCUAUUAUCUUGCUUUCCAAAAGAAUGUUGGAGAUGAAACAAAGAACAGAUUCAACAUGAAUCUUGACCAAUUGGGAGCUUUAAAAAAAGCUAUAAAUGUGUUUGCAGAACAUAUAAAGAAAAAUUGACAUUCACGAGUUAAAUGAAAAUUUUGUAAAAAAAUUGAACUAACUUGACAAUUUUCCCUAUAUUCAUCUUCUUAGAAUGUCGUUUAAUAGAAUAGAAUCAAGUUUUAGAGGUUAUAUUUCAGCUUACCGACACUCUCCGAUACACUCUGAUCCCUACAACUUAUAUAACGAAAUUCGAGAAAACAUUUUCUUACUCUUAUUAGAGCAAAACCUACCUUUCCGUCUUUUAAUAUGCAUAAGCAUUGAAUUUAUUAAAGAUACUCAUCCUGACAAUUUACUGCAAAACGCUUACUUCUGUUCAUUUGCUGAACGCAUAAUAUCAUAUAACCAAGUAAAAAGUAAAGUUAAAAGCUGUUUUCAGAAAAUAUUCAAUUCCAUUGAAACAUAUAUCCAAAACGGUAGUGGUUGGGUUAUUAAUAAAAUUAACUUUUUAGAUGUUAAUAUCGGACAGUACAGAGAACCGCGGGGAGGUUGCGGUAAUAUAAAAUUACCUGACUGUUUAAAAAAAAAAAGAACUCUUCUAAAUAUACGUUGCGAUGAUCACAAAUGCUUCAUAUAUAGUUGCUUAGCUCAUCUCUUUCCUCCUGAAAAAAAUUCUAAUGCUCCAAGCAGUUACCAAAAUAAACUAAAAUACUUAAAAUUGAAAAAUGUAACCUUCCCCAUGAAACUCUCUAACAUAAAGCAUUUUGAAAGUAUCAACAGCUUAAAGAUAAAUAUUUUUACUUAUGACAAAGAAGUUUUCCCCAUAUAUAUCAGUAAUAAAAAGUUGGGUUCGGAAAUAAAUUUACUUCUGUAUAAAGAGCAUUACUUCUUAAUUAAAAAUCUAAAUCGUUUAUUAAACUCCAAAAAAGGGAUUCAUCAUUAUUGCUCGCGAUGCCUGAUUGGAUUUCAGAGGCGAAAUAGUCUUGUAGAUCAUAAGCGAGUGUGUUGCCAAAAUGCCCCCCAAAAACUAUCCCCGCCUAAAAUAAACACUGUAAAAUUUACUAGCAUUUACAAAAUGUUGUUCCAUCCUUUUAUUUUGUAUGCGGAUUUUGAAUGCAUAACGAAAAAUAUAUCUACUGUUUUACCAAAUACAUCUCAGAGUUUUUCAGCCAACCUAGAGCAUCACGAACCAAUCAGUUUCGCAUUAAUAGCAAUUAAUAUAAAAAAUGAAAUAAUAUAUCACAAAUUCUAUUGCGGAGAAAAUCCAGUACAAAUAUUUUUAAAAACAAUAAAAAAAUUAGCAAAAUCUUUAUUUAAAAGACUAUCAUGCAAUAAACCAAUGAUCGAGGAAAAUAUACCAACGGGAAAGCCUAGCACAUGUUACAUAUGCAAGUUAAAAUUUGAACCGAGUGAUCGCAUUGUCAGAGAUCAUUGCCAUGUUUUAGGCAUAUUUAGAGGUUUCUGUCACAAUUCAUGCAAUUUAAAUUUAAAAAGAAGUAAUUUCAUUCCUGUAGUCAUUCACAACCUUAAGGGGUACGAUUCUCACUUAUUGUUAAAACAUAUGUCUCCAGAAUUCGCGCAUCAGAUUGAUAUAAUUCCGACGAAUAGUCAAAAAUUUACUAGUUUCACCCUCGAUAAUUACAUUAAAUUUAUUGAUUCGUACGCAUUUCUUGAUUCUUCCUUAUCUUCUCUUGUAGAAAUUUUGAAAAUUUCUGAACAUCGGUUUGACAUUUUUGAUUCUUUUUUCCAAAAUAAAACAAAUAGAAACUUACUCAAACAAAAAGGAUUUUUUCCUUAUAGCUAUUUUUCAUCAAAAGAUAUUUUAAAACAAAAGACAUUUCCACCUCACGAAGCCUUUUUUAACAUUUUGACGAAUUCGAACAUAACAAAAAAAGAAUACAAACACGCACUGAGGGUUUACCAAGAAUUUCAUUGUAAAAAUUUUCAAGAUUACCUUGAAUUGUAUCAAAAUACAGAUACAAUUCUUUUAGCUGAAGUAUUUCAAUCGUUUCGACAAACAAGCAUGAUGCACUAUCAUUUGGACCCUGCUCAUUUCCUAACUAUUGCUGAUUUAACGUGGCAUUCUGGUUUAAAAUUCACAGGUCAGGAAUUAAAAUUGUUAUCGAAUGUAGAAGACUAUGUCUUACUUGAGACUCAAAUGAGAGGUGGAAUUUGCUUUCUCGGUCAAAGAUAUGCCCAGGCAAAUAAUCCAUAUCUUUCUUGUUAUAACCCCGAUGAACCUACAAAUUAUAUUGUGAAUUUAGAUGUUAACAAUCUUUACGGACAUUGCAUGUCUGAAUAUCUACCUGUGGGGGAUUUUCGUUGGCUUUCACCUGAAGAAAUAGCUGUUUUUGAUUUAGCAAAUGUAUCUCGAUACUCAGAAACGGGAUAUUUAUUAGAGGUAGAUUUACUAUAUGAUAAAUCAGCUCAUGAUUUCCAUGAUUUUCCCUUAGCAGCAGAACACUUAAAUAUAAAUAAACAAAUGUUAUCAGAUUAUCAAAAAAAAAUAUUGUCUGAAAAAAAUAUUCCAUUCACCGAGUGUAAAAAGUUAACACCAAAUUUUUAUCCAAAGAAACGCUACAUUUUACACUACAGGAACUUAAAAUACUAUUUAAAGCAUGGGAUGUCUUUAAAAAAAAUUUAUCGGAUCUUGGCUUUUUCACAAUCAGACUGGUUGCGAAGCUAUAUAAAUUUUAAUAAUGAAAAACGCCAACAAGCCAAAAGCGAGUUUGAAAAAUCUUUCUUUAAAAAAAUGAAUAAUGCUUUUUUCGGCAAAACAUGCCAAAACGUCAGAAAAAGAAUUAACUUAAAGACUGCUCUUACACCCGCUGAAUGUAGAAAGCAUUUAGCAAGUCCUUUACUUGAAUACUUUGAGAGCAUAAACGAAGACUUCGCUGUCUUUAAGAUGAAAAAAAUUAAUCUAGUUCUCGACAAACCAAUUUAUGUAGGAUUUUGCGUGCUUGAGCUAGCUAAAUUACACAUGUAUACUUUAUAUUACUCUAAGUUCAAAAAAUAUUAUAAAGAAAAUUGCAAACUCUUAUACACAGAUACUGAUUCUCUAUUCAUGCAAAUAUUUACAAAUAAUGUUUACAAAGAUUUUAAAAACGAAUUUUUUGAUAUCAUGGAUCUAAGCAACUAUCCAUCUUCAAGUGAAUUUUUUAAUUCGGAGAACCAAAAUAAGUUAGGGUUUUUAAAAGACGAAACGAAAUCUAAACCUAUUUCAGAAUUUAUCGGUUUACGAUGCAAAAUGUACAGCUACAAAUGUGAAAAUACUGAAACGAAAAAGGCAAAAGGUGUAAAACAGAGUUGUUUAAGAAACAUAACACAUGAACAUUUUAAAACCUCUUUACUUAAUGAAACGAUUCAUCGUCACGAGCAAUAUUCUAUACAGUCAAAAUCACAUAUUCUUUCUACAACCAUAUCAAACAAAAUUUCUUUAUCUCCGUUUUACGAUAAAAUAUUUUUGAAUGAGGAUGGUGUGACCGGAAAAUGCUUUGGUCACUAUUCCUUGCUUGAAGAAUAAUGGUAGUAUAAUUUUCGUUUAUUUUUAUGUUCUUCAAAAAAAAAUUUUUUUUGAAAAACUAUUAAGCAUUCAAUAGCUACCUUCUGUUAAGGGGAAAAUUGUCUCUUAGUUCAAUUUUAUUUCACAUGCUUUGUAAGUGAAUCAAAUGUUUACUCAGAUCGACUGGUUGGACUGAGUUUUUUCAUGGUUUUCUCAGUCUAUAACGCAAAUGCGAACCAAUAUAAGAAGAUCUUCCAUGAGAUAUUAUUAAUAA